AUGGCCAGCGCGGCCGUGCAGCUGCUGGGCUUCCUGCUCAGCUUCCUGGGCCUGGUGGGCACCCUCGUCACCACCCUCCUGCCGCACUGGCGCCGCACGGCGCACGUGGGCACCAACAUCCUGACGGCCGUGUCCUACCUGAAGGGGCUGUGGAUGGAGUGCGUGUGGCACAGCACGGGCAUCUACCAGUGCCAGAUCUACCGCUCGCUGCUGGCGCUGCCGCGAGACCUGCAGGCGGCCCGCGCGCUCAUGGUCAUCUCCUGCCUGCUGUCGGCCGCGGCCUGCGCCUGCGCCGUGGUGGGCAUGAAGUGCACCCGCUGCGCCAAGGGCACGCCGGCCAAGGCCACGUUCGCCGCGCUGGGCGGCGCGCUCUUCAUCCUGGCCGGCCUGCUGUGCAUGGUGGCCGUGUCCUGGACCACCCACGACGUGGUGCAGAACUUCUACAACCCGCUGCUGCCCAGCGGCAUGAAGUUCGAGAUCGGGCAGGCCCUGUACCUCGGCUUCAUCUCCUCGUCGCUGUCGCUCAUCGGUGGCACACUGCUCUGCCUCUCCUGCCAGGACGAGGCGCCCUCCAGGCCCUACCAGGCCCAGCCCAGGGGCGCCCCGGCCACCACCGCACCCGCCUACCGACCCCCCGCCGCCUUCAAGGACAACCGGGCCCCCUCGGCCACCUCGGCCUCGCUCAGCGGGUACAGACUGAACGACUACGUGUGAGUGCCCAGGGCCUGUCCCUCCCCGAGCGCCCAGACGCCGCAGGA